AACAGGAAGACGCUGAAGUAGUAUAUCUAACGAACACGGAUCACACUGCGGGCUGUCAGAAAUUAUUACAAACCCUUCGAGUUUUUACGGUGUGUUACAACGUGCGUGGAUCCUGAACACAGGACACUGAAAACAGAUCGCGAUCCAAGAGCCGUUGAGAUUCACUGGUAAUUUAGCAGUACGGGAGAAUGAGUGAAAACGGCAACGAGAAGGAUCCAGCUGCUCUGAGAGAGGAGGGGAACUGUCUGUUCAAGGACAGGGAUUUCCAGGGGGCGUUGUCCUGUUACACCAAGGCCCUCAAACUGAGCAACAGCCAAUCAGAAUGUGCCGUCCUGUACCGCAAUCGGGCUGCCUGCUACCUCAAACUGGAGGACUAUUCCAAAGCGGAGUCCGACUGUAGCAAAGCGCUGGACUCGGACCCUGGCGAUGUGAAGGCCCGGUUUCGCCGCUCGCAAGCCUUGCAGAAGCUGGGUCGCCUGGACCAGGCUUUCAAAGACAUCCAGAGGUGUGCACAGCUGGAGCCCAAGAACAUGACCUUCCAGGAGAGCCUGCGGCAGCUAGGGGCGCAGAUCCAGGACAAGGUCCAGCAGCUCUCCUCCACAGACGCUCGUGUUCAGCAGAUGUUCUCUCUGCUCCUGGACUCCUCAGCGCAGGAGUCUGACAGGCACAAGGCGGCUCAGAAUCUGGUGGUCCUGUCGCGGGAGGACGCGGGGGCGGAGCAGAUAUUCCGCAACGACGGGGUGCGGCUCUUGCAGAGACUGAUGGAUUCUGGGAAAGAGGAGAUGAUUCUGCCUGCGCUGCGCACACUGGUGGGGCUUUGCAGCGGGCACCAGUCCAGGUCCAUGGCUAUAGUGAAUGAGCUGGGAAUGGAGCGGCUGUGUGCAGUGAUGGGGUCAGGGGGAGAGCAGGUCUCCCUGGCUGCCUGUCACCUCCUGCAGGUCAUGUUCGAGGCUCUGAUGGAGGGAAUGAAGAAGGACGUGCGAGGCAAAGAUGAGGCCAUUCUGCUUGAGCCGUCUCGGGAGCUGAGGUCAAUGCUGCGUCACCUCUUGGGCGUCCUCACGGCUCCCGCGGUGUCCGGGUCGGGUCGAGACAGCGCCAUCAACCUGCUCGUCAAACACGUCCCGCGCAAAUCCCAACGAGAUCCUGACAACUCGCUCAGUCUGUGGGUCAUCGACCAGGGGCUGAAGAUGGUUCUGGAGGUGGGGGGCACAGUUCCAGAGGCCACUCAGGGCCCCCCCCUGACUGACAGCACACACAUGAGCUGCUCGGUUCUGCUCAGCAAGCUGUAUGAGGACCUGAAGAGCGAUGGCGAGAGGGAGAACUUCAGCUCCCUCUGCGAGGAAUACGUCCGGUCUCACUUUGAGUCGUCAGGGCUGGUCGGGAAGCUGCGUGCGAUCCAGACGGUGUCGGUUUUGCUGCAGGGCCCCAGCGAGGUGGGGAACCAGGCCCUAGGUAUGUCCGGGAUCAUGGAGAGCAUCAUCUCUCUGUGUGGCUCCGACACAGAGAUCCACCAGCAGGUGGCAGUGGAGGCGCUGAUCCACGCAGCCGGCAAGGCCAAGAGGGCCUCCUUCAUCACCGCCAACGGUGUGGCGCUGCUCAAAGACAUCUACAAGAAGAGCAAGAGCGACAAGAUCCGAGUGCGCGCCCUGGUGGGUCUGUGCAAGCUGGGCUCGGCGGGAGGGACAGAUUUCAGCAUGAAGCAGUUUGCUGAAGGAUCCACUCUGAAACUGGCCAAGCAGUGCAGGAAGUGGCUGUGUAACGAGGCCCUGCCCCCGAGCUCCCGGCGCUGGGCGAUCGAGGGCCUGGCGUACCUCACCUUCGACGCCGAUGUGAAAGAGGAGCUGGCAGAGGAUGGGCAGGCUCUGCAGGCCAUGUUCCAGCUGGCCAAGUCAGAGGAUAAGACGGUGCUGUUUGCCGUGGGCUCCACGCUGGUGAACUGCACCAACAGCUAUGACUUGGAGAAGCCGGACCCGCAGAUGGUGGAGCUGGCAAAGUACGCCAAGCAGCACGUCCCUGAAGAGCACCCCAAGGACGCGAAGCCCUUUGUGGAGAAGCGUCUGUCGAAGCUGCUGGAGGCGGGUGUGGUCUCGGCUCUUGUGUGCAUGGUGAAGCAGGAGAGCCCGGCGCUCACUGACGCCUGCAAGGAGUGCAUCGCCAGGGUGUUCCUGGCGGUUGUGGAGAAGCCUGAGGACAGGGGGACAGUGGUGGCGCAGGGGGGUGGAAAGGCCCUGAUCCCUCUCGCCACCGAGGGCACUGACACAGGGAAGAUAAAGGCAGCGCAGACCCUAGCAAAGAUUACUAUCACAUCCAACCCAGAGAUCGUCUUCCCCGGGGAGAGGAUCUAUGAGGUGGUGCGGCCGCUGGUCAGCCUGCUGGGACUCGACUGCACGGCCCUGCAGAACUUCGAGGCGCUCAUGGCACUCACCAACCUGGCAGGCAUCAGCGAGAGGCUCCGGCAGAAGAUAAUGAAGGAGGGGGCGGUGUCGAAGAUCGAGGGCUACAUGUUUGAGGAUCACGACAUGAUUCGAGCAGCUGCGACUGAGUGCAUGUGCAACCUGGUCCUGAGUCCAGAUGUGCAGGAGAGGUUUGUGGCCGAGGACAACGACCGGCUGAAGUUGCUUGUGCUGUACAGCGGGGAGGAUGACGAGAGACUGCGGAAGGCAGCGGCUGGGACCCUGGCCAUGCUGACAUCGGUGCAACCCUCCCUGUGUGCUCGCGUCCCUCGCACUACGUCCCACUGGCUGGAGAUCCUGCAGGCGCUGCUGCUGAGCGAGAGCAGGGAGCUGCAGCACCGCGCCGCAGUCAUCGCUAUGAAUCUCAUGCAGGCGGAGCGCGGGCUGGCCGAGCAGCUCAUCCAGAGUGAGGUGCUCGAGAUCCUGUCCGUCAUGGCCAAGGGGGGCGCCGCUGAGCCCAACCCAGCCUGCAGAGGCGCCAAGCAGUGUCUCGACAUCGCCCUGGAGUACGGGCUCAUCAAACCCAACCCUGCAGAAUGAGCGAGAAUCGCUGGCACACUGCACCUUCAGAUGAGCACAAGGAACAAGCAAAAAGAGUGUCACACUGGGUCUCCAUCUAGCAGGAUGCCUGACCAGCACUGUAGUUUGAAACAUGCCACUGUGACACUUGACUUCCAUGAAGUUUAUGACUGAGUCUAACCACAGACUGCAGAAGGGGGAGUAUUGUUCUAUAGGCUGCAGGAAUUGGACCAAAGAUUGCGUUGUCUUAAAACAUAUUGACAGCUGCUUCUUGUCACUACCCUAAACUUAAGACCUGAUUUUCUAAUUCCUUUACUCCUACCAUUCCGGUUUUCUAGUUGUUAAUUGAGUUCUUCUGUUUAAUUUGAAUUCUUCUUUUUAAAUGUUUUUUAAUGCAUGCUGCUGGUAUGCAAGACCACCUUUGAGUCACCUCUUAAUGCUGCUGGCAUGCAAGACCACCUUUGA